AUGGAGUCCUCUGGCAUGGUGAUCCCAUCUGCUCAGGAACCCUCCUCUACCUCCACGAUGUCCAAUACCUACCCGGUCUCGCCUGUCGCCUACGGUGCUCAUGACGAUGGCGACGCAGAAUCCCAACGCGAAGGCAGCCCGUCCGAACCCAUUGAGUCCCAUCCCGUCUCCGAGUCCUCCCCCGAGCCCGAUGCCGCGGAUGACUCUUAUGACGGCGCAUCUGCCGAAUCAGAUGCAGAAGAUGAAGACGCAGCGGCAGACAACAGCGAGUAUGACGCUAACCCCUACAGCCGUGAAAACUCUUCAUCUCCUCACCCCGGCCGCGGUGUUAAGCGGAUGUCGUCCCCACAGAGCGAGACCGAUCUGAUAAGGCAAAAUCCCGAUUUGUAUGGACUACGCCGGAGUGGUCGCGCUCGUACUACUCGCAAUAUCGCCGACUCAUCGGAUUCCGAUUCCGAUGUUGUCGCGCCCCGUGCAAAGCGCCGGCGCAAGGAAACAUCUCAACAACCGUCCAAGGCCUCCCGAUCGGCUACGGCGUCGUCGCUGUCCGAGUCAGACAGUGAUGAAUAUGGUGGCAAGAGCGCCCGGGCUAGCAAAGCUAGAAGGCGUCGUCUCCAGCAAACCGCCAGUUAUGAACCAUCUUUGAAUGAAGUCCGCUUCUCGACGCGAACUGCCAACAAAGUGUCAAAUUACAACGAGGAUGACGAAGAAGACGAGGCAAUGUUUGAAGCAGACCCUGAAGAUCUUGCACCGAGCUACUGGGCUGAAAGUUAUGCUGAGGAUACCCGCCCCGCCGUCGAUGUCGUUCUCAAUCACCGCCUCAAGGAAGGCGUUGACCCCAAGUCCCAGGAUCUCGAUCGAUCCGACUUCGAGUUUUGCAUCAAGUGGCAGGACAAAUCACACUACCAUGCUACAUGGGAACCAAACGAGGCCAUGCCCAAUUAUCGCAGUACUCGACGUGUUGACAAUUACGUCCGGAAAGUGCUCAACGAAGACAUUCGGCUGCAGUAUGAUGAAGAUGCCCCUCCAGAAGACCGGGAAAAGUGGAAUCUCGAUCGCGAACGAGACGUCGAGGCUAUCGAAGACUACAAGAUGGUCGAGAGAGUCAUUGGUGUGCGUGAUGGCGAAGACGGCUCCACAGAAUAUCUUGUGAAAUGGAAACGUCUUUUCUACGACUCAUGUACAUGGGAGCCCGAGGAGCUGGUUAGCGAGAUUGCUCAACGUGAGGUCGACCGAUUCCUGGACCGUACUGCUCGUCAACCUUGGUCGGACAAGAAUGAGACCACCAUCGCCACAAGGAAACCGUUUGAGCCUAUCCAUGGUGGCACCCCCAGCUUUUUGCAGAAUGGAGAACUCAAGGAUUUCCAGAUCAAGGGUCUUAACUUCUUGGCUUUCAAUUGGGUCAGGGGUCGCAAUGUCGUCCUGGCCGAUGAAAUGGGUCUUGGAAAAACAGUGCAGACUGUUUCGUUCAUUAACUGGAUGCGUCAUGUCCGACGGCAGCAGGGACCAUUCAUCGUCAUCGUACCUUUAUCCACUAUGCCUGCGUGGGCUGACACCUUCGACCACUGGACACCUGACCUCAACUACGUGGUCUAUAACGGUAGCGAAAAGGCACGCUCAGUACUACGUGACUACGAAUUGAUGGUCGAUGGAAAUCCCAAACGUCCUAAAUUCCACGUUCUCCUGACCACCUACGAGUAUGCAAUGAAUGACUCGCCCUUCCUUGGUCAAUUCAAAUGGCAGUUCAUGGCAGUUGAUGAGGCACAUCGUCUCAAAAACCGUGACUCACAACUUUAUACCAAGCUGUUCGAAUGGAAGUGCCAAGCUCGCCUUCUGAUUACUGGUACACCAAUUCAAAACAACCUCGCGGAGCUCUCGGCUUUGAUGGACUUCCUUAACCCUGGUCUGAUCGAUGUUGAUGUUGAUAUGGAUCUGAACUCCGAGCUAGCAUCCCAAAAGCUUGCUGAAUUAACGGAUGCUAUUCAACCUUUCAUGUUGCGGCGCACAAAGUCGAAGGUUGACUUUCUGAUGUCCAACUGGAAUACUACAAGAACAUCUUGA